GUGACAACGACCUCUUUAUCGCUUCUUCCCUAGUCAAUGGCUCCAAUCCAAUCCAACGCCGUCUUACUUCACAGUUGAUCCGCCACUUUUGAGUUCAGUUUCUCUUCAAAGAUGAACAAGAAGAUGAAAUUCUCUUGCAUUGGCCACCAUCCUAAGCUCAAAAUCUUAGAUUGCUUGCUUCCAAUUUUUCAAAUCCAUGCCGUAAUACUCCUCCUCGCCAUCUGCUUCGUCCAUUCAUCUUUUUUAGUGUCGAAUCGUGAGCCCUCUCCUCCUCCUCUUCCCAUUUUGCCUAUCCCCAGUACUUUCCAGCUCCAGUGGCAGCUCAGCGGAAUGGUCCUCUUCCUCCACUUCGGAAUGAACACCUUCACUGGCUCAGAAUGGGGUACCGACCGUGUUGACCCCUCUGUCUUCAACCCGUCCAUGCUCAAUGCUACCCAGUGGGUUUGAGUUGCCAAGGAAUUCGGAUUUUCUUGAGUACUGUUGACCGCGAAACACCACGACGGUUUUUGCUUGUGGCCCUCUAACUAUACUGAUUACUCUGUGCGGUCGAGCAAGUGGAGGAACAGGACCGGCGAUGUCGUCGCCGAGUUGGCUGGCACUGCCAAGGACGCUAGCAUUGGUCUUGGGCUUUACCUUUUCCCUUGGGAUCGGCACGAACCAUGUUAUGGUAAGACUCGGGAGUAUAACGAGUUUUACCUGGCGCAAAUGACUGAGCUACUCACUAGGUAUGGAGAGAUCAAGAAUGUCUUUUUGGAUGGUGCAAAAGGGAAAGGAGAGAAGGACAUGAAAUAUUUUUUUGAAGGUUGGUUUUCUCUGAUUCAUCAGCUCCAACCGGGGGCUCAGAUUUUUACUGAUGCUGGUCCGGACACUAGGUGGAUCGGUGAUGAAGAGGGUUUUGCUGGGUCCACAUGUUGGUCUCUAUUCAACAAGAGUGCCGUUGAAAUUGGUGGUCAUAACCCCUAAUACGCAGGUAGAGGAGAUCCAUUUGGUCAAGAUUGGGUGCCUGUUGAGUGUGAUGUCUCGAUCAGACCUGGUUGGUUUUGGUAUGCUUCUGAAGUUCCAAAAUCAGCAAGGACUCUACUUGACAUAUACUACAAAUCAAUUGGUCAAAACUGUCACCUGUUGCUAAAUUUGCCUCCUAACUGUUCAGGUCUAAUUUCAGAUGAGGACAUCCAAGUGCUUCAAGAGUUCAGUGAUAUCCGCAGGUCCAUAUUUUCCCGUAAUUUGGCUCUGCACGCUCUUCUUCGUGCUAGCAGCACUCGAGGAAGGACUUGAGAUUCUCGUUUCAGUCCUUACAACGUUCUUGAAGAAGGCAUACAAACGUACUGGGCUCCUGGGUCGAAUCAAUUGGCUUGGAUACUGUAUAUAGAUCUUCAAAGAUUAGUGCCGUUCAACGUUCUGAAAUUACAAGAGCCUAUUCAAAUGGGACAACGGGUGAUUGAGUUUCACCUAGAGACACUUAAUAAAGGAGUAUGGAAGAGAGUGGUGAAUGGAACCACUAUCGAAUACCAGAGGCUGUUACGAUUUCCAGAACUAAAAUCUCAGCACUUGAAGCUUCAGAUAGACGAGUGUCGGGUGGAACCGUUGAUUUCAUAUUUCAGAAUUUACUUGGAUCGAGUUUCCAUGCUAAGCAACAACGCAUCUGACGGAAACUCAAUAGCCCAUUUCAACGGCAGCCAAGCUGCUCGCAGUACUGCACAAAACGACUCUCGACUUGCAGCCAUGUAGAUUUUACCCCAUUCCUUUCUAUGGUUGUAAUGUGUAUACAUUGCACAAUAAAAAUAUGAAUUCAAUUUUGGUUCUUGCAUAAAUCCUUAAUUAUGAAUAUAGAAUAGCGUGAUCUUAAAACCAUGUGAAGAUAGAAGAGCGUGAUCUUGAAACCAUGUCAGCUCCCAGCCUCCUAGCCAUCUUUUUUCUUUUCUCAGGGCGGAUAAUGUGCCUGGAUAACUAUAUCCUAA